AUGAGGGUGGUGGAAGAGCAAACCAGCGCGCUGGUGCGAGACCUGGAGGCACUCGGCGUCGAUGGGCAGAGCCUCGAUCGUUUCCACUCAAAGACCUCAGGAAUGCCUGCUAGUCACCCAGCCAUUAGCCCUGUGCAGGCCAGGGUAGCAUUUGUGGGAGAAAAUACACUGUGGAGAAACUGUGAAACACUGGUGAAUCGAAUGUGUCGGUUAGAGAGUGUUGUACAGACACUGAAAUUAAACAUCUUCCGGCUGCAGACAGAAAAGGAACUGAAUCCAAAGCAUGCAGCCCAGUUGGAGCAGCGCCUGAAUGCAGUCCAUGAGGAGCAUUUGCAAGAAAUGAAGAUUGUACAGCAAGAAGCAAUGAAGUUGCGCCAACACCUAAGUGAUAUGAAAGAGGCUGAAGAAAGGGCAAAAGAAGAAGUUCAGAGACUGAGUACUGCUUUGGAGAUUACAACUGCAUCCAAGAUGGGUGUAGUGAUUGCAGCUGAGGAACUGAGGAACACAAAACAGAAAAUUAACUGUAGACUUCAGGAGUUAACAGAACAGCUGUCCCAGGAGAUCAGCCUGCGGGAGUCUUUGGAGGAAUCCCAAGCAACUGUGAUGUGUCAUAUACAGGAUAUGGAAACAACGGUAGAAGCAGAACGGAAGCAGGUACAGAUAUUACAGCAGGACUGCCAAGAGUUGCGUAAAGAUGUCCAGCUCGCCCGAGUUAGGCUGCAAGAGGAGGAGGAAAGAACUGCCCAACUGGAGCAACAGUGCACACAACUGAAAGCUGAGCUGGACUCCAGGAACUGUAUCAUUUCCCAGCUUGGUGAAGAAGCAAAAAAUGCACAGCUGUCCUUUAGCAAACAACACAAAGAGAAUCUGCAACUUCAGUCUAAAAUGACUGCCCUGCGAGAAACAGCAGAGAAGGUACAGGUCCUUAAUGACCACUUAAGCCAGCAAUGCUUAGAGCUCACCACCGCACUCCAAAAUGUUGCCAUGGAGAAUGCUAAACUCAUUUCAGAUCAUCAGACCAUACUUAAGGCAGAACAAGAAAAGACUCGUAAGCUGCAAGAGCAAGACUCGCUUCUGAAUGCUGCCCAUGCUAACUUUCUGGGAGAGCUGCAGAGUGUGCAGCACGAGAGGGCUCAGCUUCAAAGAGAGCUGGAGGCCUUGCGUACAGAGCAUGGCAAAUACAGGCAGAAAGCAAGCCUUGCUGAGGAGACAGCAACCACACAGAGACAGCUUUUGGAAUGCACGGUUGCUAGACUGCAAGGUGAACUGGAGACAGCUUUGCAAGAGAAAGGAUAUCUGCUGGCAGAAAAGGAAGAUCUUGAGCAGGAGGUAGAAAUGGUUUCAAUGAAAUUCACUUUGCAAACACUAGAGGAAAAGAACAAGAGGCUAUUGGAUCACUUGGCCACACUAGUACAUGAGCAGGUAAACUCUAAUAAAUAUGCCCAGCAGCAGGUGCAGCAGGUGCUAGCAGAGCUGACUGACAGCAAGAAUAAACUGAUCUGUGACAAAGGAAAACUUCAGGCUGAAGUACAGAAGCUGGAGGAAGAGCUGUCAGCUGCAGGCUCAAGAGAAGAAACUGUGAAAUCUGAUUUACGUGAUUGUGCUCACUGCUCUACUUUACAUCGAGUUCAUUUGGAACAAAAUGAACGGUCAAGGAACUCUGCGUCUGAAUGUGGAGAUAGUCCUAGGGUCAGCCAGAGGAUUCUGUUAAGUGCUAUAAAGAACAUGGGAGAAAAACUGGAGAAUAUAAUUGACAUUCUCACUCCAAGAAGGUCUUUGAAAACUGGAUGGUCUACUGAGACCAAUGAAGGAGACACUAAUAUGGCAAACUUGCAGCACCAGCUGGACGCAGCAAAGGGUGAUAACAAUAAGGCGACAUCCAUGUUGGAGAACGUGUUAGCUUCUCAUAACAAGAUGCAAGCAGCUCUGGAUGCGAUACAAACUGAGCUGGGACACAAGGACACUGAAAUAAGCAACGUCAGAAAAGAGAAGACCCAGACUCAACAAAAAAUACAGAGGUUAGAAACAGAAUUGGAAAAUUGCCAAGCCAAACUGGUUGCCAUGGGAAGGCAACACAGCAGCCAGGUGGAACUACUUUGUAAGGCACUAGAAACUGCUAGAGCGGACAACAACAAACUUGUUUGUCAUUUGGAAGAAGUUCUGCAGGUCAAUAAUAACCUGCAAAACAAGCUGAUCCAAACUCAAUGGGAACUGAAAAGUAAAGAAACAGAGCAUCAACAGCUGAUGGUCUGCAGGGAACAGUUAAUGGAAAAAGUCAAGACUGAGGAAAAGAUGUAUGCUGAACGCUUAAAGUCUUUGAAGAAGCAGUUUCAAACUGAGCAAGAGGCUUCCAGGAAAGCUGCCUGUCAAGAAUCUGUUGAGGUAAAGAAAUCCCUUGAAGAAUCCUCCUCCAAAUUGGCUGAAGUUUCCCAUGCUAACAGGGAGCUGCAGCAGAAAGUUACAGAGCUGAAAAAGUCUUUGCCCAGUUACACGGAAAAGCUAAAAAGCGAAAAAGCUCAAGUUAGACAAUGCCUGGCCUGUAAAGCUAACACAGAAAGGGUAAAGGAGACUGAAUCUGAACUGAGGAAAAUGGAAGCAAUAAAAGAGGAGUAUCAGAAGAAGAAUUAUGAACAAUCACAGGACAUCCUGAAACUUGUGUCAGCGUUGAAGAGUGUGCAGAGCGAGAUGGAAGUGUUGAAAAACCAACAUGAAGUGCAAGUGCAGAACAGGCAGCUGGAGACCCAGCUGGAAGCGGAGAGAAGGCAAAGGCAGCAGCUGGAAAACGAAUGUCAGAAACUGGAAAAAACAGUCAAAUAUCUAAAGAAAUAUAAGGAGGAGACAGAAAAGAAAUUGAAGGAAGCCAGCAUAGAGUCAGAACAGAUCACAACUAGCCUAGAAGAAGCUCAGCGUUGGUUCAAGUCUAAGUUUGACAGCCUGAAGGUAGAAGUUGUGAAAAACCACCAGCCAAAGAACCCUGAAGAGCUCCAAAAAGGAGAUAAAGAAAGCAAGCACAUUCAUUUCAAAGGGGGAAGCAAAGAAAAUAUGUGGGAGAAGUAUUUGGUAACUCAUUAUCAGUCAGAAUUUCAGUUUCCUAAACUUUCUUUUGUAGUUCCAUACACAGGGGUAGAAAACAGACGCCUCUUCUAG